AGCGCGGGUGUUUCUUCUUCAUCGUCGUUGGCAUCAUCAUCAUCAUCAUCGCGGUUAUUGUCAUGGCGCACAAUCAGAUCUACUAUUCGGACAAGUACGACGACGAGGAGUUCGAAUACCGGCACGUGAUGCUGCCCAAGGACAUCGCGAAGCUGGUUCCCAAGACCCAUCUUAUGUCCGAGUCGGAGUGGCGGAACUUGGGGGUUCAGCAGAGCCAGGGUUGGGUUCACUACAUGAUCCAUGAACCAGAGCCCCACAUCCUGCUUUUCCGAAGGCCGUUGCCAAAGAAGCCAGAAAAGUGACGCCUGCAGCCCCCUCUUCCGUGUUUUAGAUGCAAGCACCUUUUUAAAAAACAACUGUGUGUUUUGGGAGGUUUUGUAAAAGAAGUUUGAUAAAUGUCUUCAAUACAUUUGUCAAGAGGAUGCCACUCAACACAACCAGCACACCACUGAUGCCAGCUGAGAAAAGCUUCCCUUGCUGCAGAAAGAUUGUCUACUGAAAAGGACAAAUUUAGCUAUCGAAAUUUAGCUAAUUUAUUUUAACACUGGCUGAAGGCUCCUGCUGUAUGCAUACAGCAGUGGGGCUAUUUUGGUUUUUAAAUCCCAGAGGAAGUGGCGUGUUUCUCUGCUUGGAUAUUUUUUAAUAUAUAUUUCUUUUUAAAAUGUGUAUUUCAAGUUCUCCUUCGGAACUUUUUCAUGUUAUUUUAACACUCCAUCAAUAAAAUGCAAAGAUUCUA